AUGGCGGAGCCUCCACCCCAGGUGGACUCUUCAUUCGAUCCUUCCGAUCCUCUCGAACGACUCCGAUUGCGCGAUGAUCCGGAGGGAAAAGAGGACGGUGAGUUGGGGGGAAAAGCAAAUUGAAAACAAACGGAAUGCCAUUCCAGACUUUGACAAUAAGUCGGUGUCCUCUGCGCAGUAUUCGCAGGCGUCCGAGGCGACGACAGCUGUCAAACAGCAGCCGUUUUUGCACCAGACCAUGACUAAAGUGAGUGCUUUUUCGAAUUUGAAUUGCAAAUCCAUCUCAAUCCGCUUCUGCUGCAGGUCUACUGUCACAUUGACGACGAGCCGGAUCCGUACAUGAUGGAGGUGCACGUUCCGCCAGAUCUCAUCACUUUGGGAGACUUGAAACGGAUUCUGAUGAGGACCAACUUCAAAUACUACAGAAAAGCACUGGAUCCAGACUCGGGAUAGUGAGUUUUCGGUUUUCUUAAUCUCCAAAACCGGGAUAAUUUCAGCGAGGUGAAAGCGGAAAUCCGUGACGAUUCGCAAAGACUCACUCCGUCGCCGAACAACCUUUUCGAGCUGUUCCUUCUGACGAUCGAGGGAUCGACGCACUCGGAUGGAAGCAGUGGAAAGAUGAGAAAGUAUCCGUCGGUUCGUUUUCUUCAAGAUACACUUUUGUUGUGUAGUUUUGAGACAAAUAGGAUUACCGGAUCCCAGUACUGUUUAUUCAAAGCAAUGUAUCUCAACGAUUUGUAGAGAUAUCAAAAAGCGGUCAACUAAUCAAAUGUACACAAUGUUUCAAUGAGCAAUUUUUUCGUUGACAACUUUUUCAUGUCUCUACUGGCAGCUGAGAUAUAACGUCUUGAACUCAUGGCGUUCGGGUGCCGUUCUAUUACAUCUCCGAACAGCCUGCAUUUGCUUGCUCGUUUGCACGUUUUUUCCAUGGUUUUUAAAACACCUAUUAUUCUCAGGUCCCCGGCCCGGCACCAUCCAACAGAAACGGACCGCCUCUCAACUACCAACACGCCGCUUACCAGUUCGAUAAUUCCAGUAAGUUUUGUUUCUAACUGCGAAUAAAUAAAAAAUACAAAACAAAAACGUGGAGCGAAGUGAAAGGUUACAAUUGAAAUAAAAACUUCUUGCCCUCCCUCUCUGUCAUAAAAUCUCCAGAUGUCACCACAACGUCAGAAUAAAAAGAUCCGCAUCAACAUGAGAAUCCUCAAAUCUUGAUUCUUUCUCAUUUCAGUGAUGAGCACCGACUCGGAAUCGAUGAUAUCGGCUGCGAUUCCGGCGUACCUGAAGAACGCCUACAAUCGACGGUUCCCUCAACAAUAUCUAGGUACGUUUCCUUUAAAUUUCAAUAUUUUCUGUAGUUCCGAGGCGGAGCACCCCCAUAAAACUCUUGUUUUCGUCCCCAUUCAUCGUGGUGUUAAUGAGCUGAUCGCCGUGUCAAAAGUGCUCAGAGAGCACGACGGAACGAGAGGCGGCGAAAGGACCAAUUGUUUCAAUGUAUCUUUCUCGCUGUCCGAUCUCAGUGUUGGCUGGCUGCCAGUCAACAAUUCGAAGGGAAGCAGGAGGCACUCGGGCCCCGUUUGAAUGUUUGUACAUACAUUUCAUCCAUUUCAUACACUCACUUUCCCUCAUUUUCUUCCUCGUCGUUCAUUUCAUUUCUGAUUCUGAUUAGACCGGAUCUCAUUGUCAUCGUUAGAAGUUUCAACGUCACUUCCAAUUAGGUUUUCUCUUUUCUCUUCUCCUAUUUCAUUCCUAUUCGAUUGACAUUCGUAUCGUCUUUUUGUGUGUAGGAGUUUGAACCAAUCAGACUGAAGUGAGCACUAACGUGUUCAAACAUCACUACUUUACACUUUGCCACUACUUUUUCAUACGUAUUGUAAUGCGUACCUUUUGACCCGGCUAUCAGGGUUACCGCCAGUACAUAGAUCUCCCAAAAUCUGAGGUCAAACAAACUUCAGAGGUCGGAGUACGGCCAGAUCUGGACAACUUGAUGGAAAUCUUGAAAGAACCGUGCGCACGGCUCUUCCGUUCAUUUUGUGCCUCGAUCUUUCUCUUCCUCACCCUCCUCCACUCGUUCAUUUAAUCAAAUACCCAUCGAAUGUGCUCGAUGUCUGAUGACAUUUUCAUCUACCGUACUCUUUGACCAUCUCCAAUCAAUUUCUAAUCUCUCCUUGAGCUUUUCCAUUCUGAGAGCGGUUCAAAUCGGACGGGCGAGAAACCAUUGUGCUCGGUGAAAACCACCGGGGUUUGCUCACAAAAAACGCAAGUUUAUCACAGUGUUUAUCAACGAGCGAGAGGGGGGGGCACUUGAACACUCGUCUCUCGAGAAUCCGUACCACUUCACCCCACUUUUAGGGCCACAUCCUCUCUUUUUUCCUCUUGCUUUUCUUUGUGUAUGUUUCUACUUGUCGCUCUCCUCUAUCGCUUUUCGUGUCAUUGUAAAAGGAUACCACUUAUUUCGUCAAAAAUAGCCUUCUGGAGGAAUGAUCUUAGGUUUUAUUUGCUCGGCAACAGAGAAAGUCUCAUCAUUAUGAGCCGAGUGAUGGAAAUGAUAAGGCUCGCCGCUGCACUGUUUGUUUGCCCAUGUGUAGGUGGAUCCGAGCCAUUUCAUCACGGAUCCGAGCCAGAUGUUGCCGAGCCGGAAUCUUUGAUAUCAACUGUGUAGGGGGCACCGAUGCACUCGAGCCAAAGAUCCAUUCCAAAAUCGAUCGGUCUGCUCCCCUGUUUUACAGUUUAACAACUCUGUUCUCGGGCUGUUACGUCGUGUAGACGUAUGAUAAUUAUUUGUGAUCUCCCCCCGCGCUGUUUUAUAUUCUCCUUCUGAGGACGACCGCUCUCUCAUUCUAUUCUGCUUAUUCCCCCUGGCAAAGGGUUUCCUUGUCUACCUCAAUAGUUCUCAUUCGACCUGGAACUCGCUCCACCGACUUUUGAGCUACAGAAGAGUCACGAGUUAAAAUCCGACAGGAAGAGUGCAGCAAUUACAACACGGGCUUUUUGUUCGUCUCUAACUUUUUAUCCUUCACAAAACGCUCUUCAUUUAUUCAUAUGACGUGGCUUGUUAGAGUUUCUCUAGACAAACAUUUCCUCACCGUUUUCACAUGACUUUCUUUAGGUCACCGAUUCGUGCUCUUUUUGUUGAUUGUCUUUAAGAGCUCGUACUCUGUCCUGGAAAUUUAUGAGCCACUUUGUAUCUCAGAGUCUUGUUUUCAAAGAUUUCGGGUGAAAAUUUGCUACUUUUGUUGUUCCCAACUUUUUCGUGUUAUCUCUUCCUGUAUGUUGAAACUGAAUAACUUCUAUGAUCUACAGUAGUCCUUGGGAUUAGUUCCAGAGAAAAGUUGUCAAUUAGAACAUUGUUUACUAAGAAAUUUUUGUACAUUUUGUCAGUUGACAACUUUUUGGUACCUCUACAGAAAUUAGAGAUGUAUCGCCUUGAAUGAACAGUACUCGCGAGUCCUUCUAUUAUAGUUUUACGACAGUCUAGUUUGAUUUCUGACUAAUUUUCCUAAUUUAUGAACAAAAUGAUUUGAAUAUUCAUAUUGCCACCCACAUCCAUAUUCAUAUCGCCAAGGAUUUCGAUUUCAUUCCACUUUUCCCGAAAUAGAUCCCUCUCAACAACCUCCGCAUCCAACUUGUGAUCAUUUUUCCACAUGACGAGAGUAUCUGUUUCUAAUCCGAGAAGUGCAUCAUCAUGGGCUCUCCUGCCGCUUCCCUCCCGAAAAUUUAUGACCCCCCAUCGAGGUGGUGUAUUUCGAUAUCUGUGUCGAUGAUUUCCACAAAGUUUUUUUGAUCUCUUCACUUCUUUUCGUCUCUCUCUCUCUACUUUCUUCUUCUUCUUCUUUCCAAUUUCUUGUUGCUUGUAAAGAACGAUCCAAGAGAGAAAGAACGAGCUCAGCGCUCUCCGUUGACGCGAUGAGCAACUGCGGAGCUCAUGCUUCUGGCUCCGGACGAUCCUCCGAUGUAAUCCGUUCGUUUCGAUUUACCACUAAAGAACGAAAAGUGCUGUCCAACUACACGGCUCCGCCCCCGAACCGUCAUCAAUCGCCGGGCGUCGUGUCGCAGUUGGUCAACAAGAUCGAGCAGAAGGCGUCGCCGCCUUCCACGACUUCUAGACGCAAGAAGAAGUCGGUGGCUGCUCCUCCGCUUGCUCAGAUGGAUGACCUGGAAAUAUUAGAUGAUUCGACUGUGGAAGAAGUUGUAAAGACACCUAGGAGAAAGAAGUAUAGCGGGAAUCCACUUGGAAAUCUGAAAAUGUUGACUGCACUUCUGCCCGGAUCCUCAAAAGAUAGUUCUUUGAAAACCGUUGAGAAUAAGGAGAAUCAAGUGAAUCAACCUUCGACUGGCAAGAAACUGAAAAAGAGCAAGAGCAAGAGCCGAGUGGAGCCGGAGACCGAGCCCCAGAAGUUCCUCCGUCUCAAACGAACUCUCACCGAUUCCACCAACAAUCACACGCCUACAAGUUCCACGUGGCGUCAGAUGGUCUCUUCGGCGCUCGGAGGUCCGCUCAAAAAACGGCUCAGCGAGGGAGCUCUCUUUCCCGGCACCAGCACUGACUCGGCAGCCUCCGGAGGAGCCACGAGCAGAAGAUUACAACGGAAAAAAAGUGCAGGAGGCGAGAAGGAGCCCGGUGGUUCUGGUUCCGCCUCCUCGUCGUUUUUUGGAGCUCUUAUCAGAUUAUCCAACUCUGCUGCCAGUCUUACUUCUCUCACUUCACUCGGAAGCGCUUCUGGAUCCAAAUCGAACACGCGAGGGUUGAAGAAGAAAGAGCCCCCGCCGCCUGCACUAGUCACUCAAGCUCCUUCCGUUUCGGUCCCCGCUCCCACUUUCCCUCCCGCUCCCACCGUUCUGACGCCCUCUCCACUUCGAAAGUCCAAAACGUGUCAAGUCACGCCAGACCGUCCGCCAAUCAUUCCGAGCAUCACAAUCACCGAAUCUCGGAGCCUCAACCGAAUCGAUCGCUGUCGUCCGGUCACCGUCGAUGGAAGCGGUCUCACGGCCGAUCGUCGUCACUUUGUCUCGCGAAGAAGCACGAUGAGCAGGACGAUGUCGCUCAUUCCGACGAGUCCGUCCCUUCCGCCGCUCUACGAAGAAGAGACUGCGAGCACGGCGGCGCUGGUCGAGGAGGAGCGAGCGGACAAGGAUCAGCGACGGCGGAUGCGCAGGUACGGGGGCUCGAACACGACGAGCACGUACCAGGGACGGAAGGACGUGGCGCCGGACGCCUCUCCGAGAAGGCAUCUCAUCGGGUUUCUGCACAGAACGUCGCAUUUGUCCCUGACUUCCGAGUUGAGUGGAGAUGCCUCGUUUUACUUGAUUGGUAAGUGACUAGGAGGUGCUCCGUCUCUAAUAGAACUACAGUAGAAGUUUAUAAGUUACAGCUGAUGAAUAUUUAUGCAUUUUUUAUAUUUCAGGCCAUCGAAGACAUUUAGAAGAGUCCACAAUCGGUUCGGAGUCAGAUGCGCGUGUGUUUUCGGACGACGACGAUAGGUUAGACACCAAAAACAGAAAAAAAGAGGGAAAGGGCGUCGUGCUCACUCACUUUCCCUCGCUAAUACCCUCCUUCCAUUCCUGUCUGUCACGUAGAGUGACAAAUGAGUCGGCUUAGAGAAUCCCCUCCCGCUUCCGCUCCAUACCCCAUUCUCCUUUCCAAAAUGAGUGGCUACAUAACCGACGAUGAUUUUGCGUCUUCCGACGGAAAAGCGUACUAUUCGACGACUUCCACCUCCACCUCUGAUUAUUACUAUGCGAUCGGAACGCCGGCUCCGCCGAGCAGCACUGGCGCCACGACUCGCGACGUGUCAGUUAGAUUCAAGGGACACCUCGUUAAAUCAAAAGGCCCCCACUCUCUUUCUUAUCUUUGUGUUGGAGCGAGCCUGGUAGUGACUAUCACACAAAUAGCUAAAAGAGAGAGAGAGGCACUUCUAUUUUGUGCACUAUGCGAAAAAGAAAGAGCAAUAAACGUUAGAAGCAUCGGAACGCGGGAGGGAAAGAAAGAGAUAGAGAGAGAGAGAGAGGGAGAGAGGAUAAUUGCUUUCGAUAAAUCUUUUCUUCGUUUCGCAAUCAAUUGAAAGUUUCAGGGGUUCGACCACAACCGACUUCACAUCGGUCUCCCGUCAACAUGAGAAGAUGGCGAAGAAGAAGAAGAAUAAGCGGAACUUCCGCAAGCCUUCCAGAGCCUCUUCCUUCUCCAGUAUCACUGGUAAGCACACUCGCAACAUCUCGAGCCCUCCUUUUUUUCUUUUUCAGAAUCGUCGAUGAGUCUAGACGUGAUAACGGUCAACCUCAACAUGGACACGGUCAACUUCCUCGGAAUCUCGAUCGUCGGCCAGACUUCCACUUGUGGCGACAACGGCAUUUUCGUGGCGAACAUCAUGAAGGGCGGCGCGGUGGCGCUCGACGGUCGGAUCGAAGCGGGAGACAUGCUGCUGCAGGUCAACGACGUCAGCUUCGAGAAUUUCACGAACGAUCAAGCGGUCGACGUGCUCCGAGAGGCGGUCUCCCGACGUGGACCCAUCAAACUCACCGUCGCCAAGAGCUUCGAGAACGGACAGAGCUGCUUCACGAUACCACGAAACAGUCGAGAAGAGCCGGUCCGACCGAUCGAUACUCAGGCAUGGAUCCAGCAUACAAAUGCGAUGCGGGGGAUGCCGAGUAUUGUGGAAGAGAGUGCUCCGACGCCGAUUCCCGGGGAAUGGCCCCACGGACGUCCGCCAAGUAGCUCGACGGUCACUUCCAAUGGUUCCAACGGUCAGAACACGAUAGUUGGCAACGGUCCGCACAUCCACAUGGACGUUCACACCGACAAGAAGAAGGUGGUCGAGAUGAUGGCGAUGCCCGGAUCCGGCCUCGACAUCAAGAACAGAACUUGGCUCAAGAUUCCGAUUCCCAUGUCGUUCCUUGGUAAUUCUAUUCGGCUUUGGGCCUCUGUAAACUUUGCCUUUCAUUUCAGGUUCGGACCUUGUCGAAUGGCUGCUCGACCAUGUGGAAGGCCUUCGCGAACGCAAAACAGCGCGGAAUUACGCGGCAGAACUGCUCAAACUCAAGUACAUUGCACAUGUGGUGAACAAGGUCACAUUCACCGAACAGUGCUACUAUGUGCUCGGGGAUGAGUGUGCAGGUCAGAUAUUGUAUGAUCACAUAGUUGCUCUAUGAUAAAAGUUGCAGACUACGCCCGUUUCCGAAACGAAGACGGCGGCCCGAAGUACCAAUGGACGAUCGGAAUCAACGGAAUGUCGGCCAACGGGGGCUCUGUGAUGCUGCCGCCCCCGCAUCUUCCGGGACCGUCCGGCGCCUUCAAAGGGACGUCAAUGGUGAGCGACGGCGAAUCGCGCAUGUAUGUUAUGCACAUCUGAGCAUCAGUUACCUCCCCCACUUUGUUGUAAAUUCAGAUUAGGUAUCAAAAUUAAAUUCCAAUUUCCAAGCAUAAUAAUGUUUUAGUCUUUGUCUGCCCCGGUAAAUCCAAAAAGUCAAUGAAGAAUGGUAUCGGAAUUCGGUGCCCGGUGAUAUCAUUCUUUCAGUGUCUCUUUUCCAAUUUCUCUAUUUAAUGCAACCCGAACUUUGUAUUCUUGUCCGUCCUCUUGCAUUUCCUCUCCCACACAAUUUGCGAUCUUCUCCACGAGUUCCCCCUCCCUCUCUCUCUCUCUCUCUCCACUUUUCGUCUGAAAAUGCAUCCUUCUUCAGCACCUCCUUGUUUUUCCCAAUUGCAUUUCCUCCCCUCAAUCGGAAUCAUUCUCUACUGUACCACUUUUCGCCCAUCUUUAGCAUGACCUGUCUUAGUCCGUCACACUCAUUUCUGUGCCCAGAAUAAAUAAAUUAUUCUGAACUUUUUUUUUUAAUGUUUUCUUGUUUCACAAAAUGUACAGUAAUGUGGUACAGGUAAGCGGAUACGCAUCGAUGCCGUCGUCGCCGUUUCCGAUGCAAAUGCACUUGCAACAACAGCAGAGAAGGGAGGGAAGUACGACGAGCGGCAGCAGCGGAGGAGGCAUCAGAAGGUCGGUUUUGGGAAGGAAACAGAGUACCCGAUCUUUUCUACUGAAAAUAGGAUCCUCGCCCAGUACACGUGCAUUUUUCGGAAGGUGGCCAAGUAGAAAACGCUUUUUUCGUGUGGUUUUGACUGGAGAGACCACAAAACCGGAAAUUAGAAAUUGGUCACAGGAAAUUAGAUUUGAAUUGAAACUGGAGCAUGAGCCCAAAACUGAUUUUUCAGACGCGUGCUCCUGCCCAACAGACCUUCCGCGGACAGUUCCACACUGGAAGGACCCUUCUCGCGGCAGUCAUUCCGAGCGGCGAUGGGAGCGGAGCAGUACGAGUGCUUCCUGGAGGACCUUUAA